AUGUCGGCAUCUCAAUUGCCUGGUGGUGAAUGCGCAAGCAUUCUUGAUAGUAGCGUCAACAAGAAGAACACAGCCGAAUUCUCAUGUCUGAAUGGAUUAAUCUUGACUCCUCUUGUAGAACAGUACCUGUUCCACAAUUCUCAGCUACCGCAAACCCAUGUGGAUAGGAUGUCCCCAGAGGAGAAGAAGAAUCUGAAAGCCCACGUACCAGGUGCUCUCUACCAUAACAGCGAUGAUAGAAAGGCUGUUGCUACAAAAUUGAAGUCUGAGGACCCAGCUGCCACAGCAGAAUUCAAAGCAGACUCAGUCCACUACCAGGCAAGACAGAUUAGGGUUAACACAACAAGAAAUGUUUCUGCUGCGUCAAGAAAGGACAUCAAUGCAAUCGUUGCACAUGGAGUUACUCAACAGAAUUUGUUGGUUACAACAUCAAAUGCACCCAAAACGAAGAGUCAAAAGGAG